CGAGCAUGUCGUUUUCUAAACGACAGGAGUAAAAUAAAAAGAAGUCGCAACUUUAUGAAGUAUAAUACGAGAUAGAUACAGACGAGAACUAGGCCGUGUUCCGCAUGAUUUAAGUCAGUAUUUUGUUCGUGUGGUCUGAUAUCUGCUGGGUCCGUUAUGUCCAAAUCAACGAGACGGGAACCAAAAGAAAAGGAGUCGCAGCAGCUGCCUAUCUAUCAGUACAAAGCCAGACUGGUUCAGGCUGUCAAAGAUGCCACUUUCCUGGUUGUCACCGGUGAGACUGGCAGCGGGAAAACCACACAGCUUCCACAGUAUUUGCAUCAAGCAGGUUUAUGUAAAGAUGGUAAAAUUGGCAUCACCCAGCCCCGCCGGGUAGCUGCCAUCACAGUGGCCCAGAGGGUAGCUCAGGAGAUGCAGUGCACUCUGGGUAGAGAAGUGGGCUACCAAGUACGCUUUGAUGACUGCACAUCACAGGACACAGAGGUGAAGUACAUGACAGAUGGAUGUUUGCUGAGGGAGAUCCUGGCAGACCCUGGACUCUCUCAGUACAGUGUUGUAAUCUUGGAUGAAGUCCAUGAACGAAGCCUCAACACAGAUAUACUCCUGGGUCUACUGAAGAAAGUCUUCUCCAACCCUGCUAAAGCCAUGAAGGGCCGAUUUUUCCCGCUGAGGGUGGUGGUGAUGUCAGCAACCUUGGAAACAGACAAACUUUCGUCCUUUCUUGGUGACUGUCCCGUCUUCACUAUUCCUGGAAGAACUUUUCCUGUCACCUGCACAUUUGGCUCAGCUGUAGGACCUAAAGACACAGAGAGCACAGGUUAUGUCAAAGAGGUUGUGAAAGUUGCCCUUGAUGUGCACACCAGUGAAAUGGCCGGGGAUAUUCUUGUGUUUUUAACAGGUCAGUCAGAAAUUGAGCGUGCCUGUGACUUGCUGUAUGAAAAAGCUGAGUCCAUAGACUACCGCUACGAUGUGCAGGACCAGACAGUGGAGGGCCUUCUUAUUUUGCCCCUUUAUGGAUCCAUGCCAACUGACCAGCAGAGGCAGAUCUUUCAGCCUCCGCCGCCAGGAAUUAGGAAGUGUGUGGUGGCCACUAACAUUGCAGCAACAUCUCUCACCAUCAAUGGCAUAAAGUAUAUUAUAGACAGCGGGUUUGUCAAACAGCUCAACCACAACUCACGGGUGGGCAUGGAUAUUUUGGAAGUGGUGCCGAUUUCACAGAGCGAGGCUCAGCAGAGAGCAGGCCGAGCUGGAAGAACCUCAGCCGGGAAAUGUUUUCGGAUCUACAAUAAGGAAUUCUGGGAGAAGUGCAUGCCUGAAUAUACAGUUCCAGAGAUCCAGAGGACGAGUCUAACCGCAGUGGUACUCACUCUCAAGUGCCUGGGUGUUCAUGAUGUCAUCAGGUUCCCUUAUCUGGACAGUCCAGAGGAGAGGUUUAUCCUAGAAGCACUAAAACAGCUCUAUCAGUUCGAUGCUAUCGACAGGAGAGGUAGAGUAACACAGUUGGGGGAGCUGAUGGUGGAGUUCCCUCUGCACCCAGGCCUCACCAGAGCUGUGCUUAAAGCCGCCUCACUCAACUGCCAGGACCUGCUGCUCCCUGUGGCUGCCAUGCUGUCUGUUGAGAACAUCUUCAUCCGGCCAGGCCACCCUGAGAAGCAGAAAGAGGCAGAUAUGAGGCACAGAGCGCUGGCUUCCAAGGGCGGCGGCAUGAACGACUUUGCAACACUUCUGAGUGUGUUUCAGUCGUGUAAAUCCAGUGAUAGACCGUCAGCAUGGUGUAAAGAUAACUGGGUCCACUGGAGGGCACUGAAGUCAGCCUUCAGUGUAGAGACUCAGCUGCGAGAGAUCCUCCUCCGCCUCCAGCAGAAGAGAGAUUUCCCUACAGAAACAUUUGAUGGCAAUAAGAAUGAAGUCUUUAGACGAUGCCUGUGCACAGGAUACUUCACCAAUGUAGCAAGAAGGUCUGUUGGAAAGACGUUUUGCACAAUGGAUGGCCAUGGAUCCAUGGUUCACAUUCAUCCAUCAUCAUCCCUGUUUGACCAGGAAGGAGAGCUGAACUGGAUCAUCUUCCAUGAUGUGCUGGUGACCUCAAGGGUGUAUGUCCGGACAGCGUGUCCUAUUCGAUACGAGUGGGUGAAGGACCUAUUACCAAAACUCCAUGAGGUGGACGUUUAUGAACUGAGCAGUGUAGCAAGAGAAGAAGUGACGAAUGAUGAGAUGAUAAAAUGGGAGACAAGGGAGGCGGCCAAAAGACAACCAGAGGUUUCUACUGAGGAUGUUUUGAAGAAGCUGGAGAAGCGAAACAACGAAGCCGCAGUCAGUGAUGCACGCGCUCGCUACCUGCAACGAAAGCAACAGAGACAACAGAGUAAAGCUGUCUGACAGAACCACACCUUCAACGACACACCACAAAUGAACAUUUUUGAAAAAAUGUUUUAAUAAUAAACAGUUUUGUUAUA